CUUGGGAUGUAGUUCGGAUCGCAACAGAGAGACACAUACACACACUCAGUGUGCACAAACAUACCAAAAGAGAGCGGAUCUCAAAGCUCUUUACACAGAAGCUACUGUACCAGCAAUCAAAAGGAUAAAAGCUCCCCCGGGGAUUGGCACAAACACUGACCGACCUAGAGGCUCCUCAACUCGGAUUGCAGUCUGGACAUGCAUCGAUGGCACUGCUCCUAACUUUUGGAUAUUGAACCCAAGCAAGAAAAAAAGAACAUCUAUCUCACAGGAGGGGGUAUAGUUUUCUGCUGGGAAUAAAAUGACAAUAUUGUAUUCCGAAAAAAGGAAUUGCAUGAAUUUCAGCUUGCAAUUCAGUGGAUAUUGAGCAUCGAAUUUGAUUUUGCAGUUUAUGACUAACUAUCUGUGUUUACGUUUAUUAUUUGAAAAAUUCACAUCUUUGACUAUUGUUGGAAUUAAUUCGUUUUGAAGAAAAAUGAAGUAACCAGUGAAAGGUGGUUUGCACCGCAUUAUUGUGGGACAAAAAAGUCCAUACUGACAAUUUUGUGGUAACAUUAGUAAAACAAAGGAUCACGUAUGAAAAUAAGCCUGGGGCUAGUUAAACGUAUUGGAUUUCAUUUGCCUUUUUACACAAUAUCAAAAGAAAAAAAAAACUUACUUCUCGAUUCUGGGAUUUGGUUUGUAAGUCUGUGCGCCCCAAACCUGUUUCCCCUCUGAAAUCUUUAUUAAGAGCUGUGAGCCAGCUUGCUGUUUCGAAACAGUGUGAUACUAUAAAGGGCAAAAAGUUUUUUUCAGACGAUUUUGUGCUUUUUAUUUAGAUGUAUGUUCUUUUUUUAUUUACUGGGAAACACGGAUCUAUAGAAGAACAUUUCAUUCCAGGCUGCAAUCCCACGCCAGCCCCUGUCACCCAGUCUAGACAAUUUGUCGUGGCUUUGAGUCCAAGUGUAACCAUGGCGACCAUCAGAAGCCCUAUGUGAAUUUUGGAGAAAAAGAGUAAAAAGAGAGCGAGAGCAAAGAGAAAGAGGACUAGAGAGGUUUUUUUAUUUAAUUUCAUUCAGCGGUGGUAGGAGCAUAACUGGUUUGCAGACCCCACUAUACCAGGAGCCUGGGACAGAGUGAAAAAAGUUGGACGCGCACAGCGAGUCUUGUGGUCCCUAAAAAGAAAGACCUCAAGUCCAUGUCAUUCAAACCCGCAGCGAUCUAUUAAAAGUAUUGCCUUGCCUCGGCUUUGACUUUGCCUAUUUAUGAAAUCUCCCGGCUCCAUAUUUCAGAGUGUAUAAUAUCUGCAGAAAAUAAAUCAAUACAUCCUCAAGCAGAAAAUAACUAAACACGUUUUUUGUAUGCUUGUUUUUAAACAUGGGGUUUUCACAAGCUAUUCUGGUCUGCGCUUUGGUCUCCUUCCAUUCAGGCGCCUGUCAGCCCUAUCUCCGGCUCCGACCUUCCCCUAGUGAUAAGCUACCGGUCAUCGAUAUUAUAGAGCACCCCGACCCGGAGUACGACCCCCGGGAGCAGGACCUAAAUGAGAGGACUCUGAGGAAAAAACUGGGCAGCAACUUUGACCCCAACUUUAUGUCCAUCAGCACUCCCGUCCAGGUCAACCUGUCCAUACAAGACAUACACCCAAAGCUCAGGCUUCCUGGACCGAUGCCCAACGACAUUAAGAAGCUGGACCUUUCUGAAACCCCGUAUGGGAUGCGGGUGAAAAUUGGCAAGAAAGCGCGGAGAAAAUUCCUGCAGUGGCUGUGGACGUACACUCACUGCCCCGUGGUCUACACCUGGAAGGACCUAGGGCUCCGGUUUUGGCCUCGCUACAUCAAGGAAGGGAAUUGCUUAAAUGAACGCUCUUGUUCUUUCCCAGAGGGGAUGUUUUGUAAACCAGUCAAGUCAGUUACCAAGACUUUCCUCCGGUGGUAUUGUCAAGGAUUUUUAAGACAAAAAUACUGUACGUGGAUACCUGUUCAAUAUCCAAUCAUUUCAGAAUGCAAGUGUUCUUGUUGAGUUUUUUUU